UGAUGAGGAUGAUGCACGCUGGCGACCAUCUGUCAUCAUUAUUUGGAAAAGUUUUUUGGUGCGCGACUGCAACGCAAUCAAUAAAUAUUUAAUUUAUAUUUAAAUACUUUAAACUAUGCGUUCCACCUUGGAAAACUGAUUUUAAGUAUAUUUCAAGGGUUACUGAACAAUAAUCAAAUGUUAUAUGUGAGCUAGAACAGUGUUUUCUUAGUAAAAAGUUCAAAAGAAGCUGCAGCAAAAUGUCUCGCCAUCGGAACGUGCGGACUAUGAAUUACGAUGAAUACGACGAUGAUGACGAUUAUCCCUAUGGACACUCGGUGGAGGACGAAUGCAUUUCCCCGACGGACGCCCAGCAAUGGAUUUUCGACCGCGCCAGGGGACAGCACAGUAUGUCCGCUUUUCUGGCCAAUAACCGGGACAUAGAAGAGGAAGACGAUGACGAGGUGCAAGCGGCCCAGCCCCAACCGGAAAACUCCAAGGGACUGCUUCACAGAAGAGAUUCCGAGUGCUACCAGCUACCGGAACUCAACGAGGAGGACCGUGUCCGGUUGAUGUCGUGCAUGGACGAAAUAAGGAACAUUGUCGGCGAAUCGCUUUCCGACAGGCAACUGGUGGAAGCUAUAAUGAAGCAUAACUAUGAUUUCGAUAACGCCCUGGAUGAGCUUCUCAAUAGCAGCAAAAAUACACCCCAGCAGUCUGAAAUUGCGGAAGAGGUUGCACCUAAAACGCUGAAGGAACCCAUCGAAAAAGGUAUCGGCGAUCGAUUGCUAGAGAAAUCAGAUAAGCUGCUAUGUCAACUUCCACUCCAAUUGAAACCCUCUGCUCCCGUAGCGGAGCCACCUCAACCGCUGAUCCUCAUCACACCAACGGCAAAGAAAGCAAACGUCACAAGGGGCUUCGAAAUCAACAGUCCACGAAUUCAGUCACCAUCCGCAUCGGGUCGGAACACUCCAGUGCAAGACACCGGAGACGAUAGCAGGCAAUUUCAAACGCCGAAACCCUUGCCAAAGGAACUCCAGCGCAAUGCUCAGGAGCUUUUCAAAAAGGAACGCGGUGAGGGUAAGCAACACAUCCAUAUGGUCGUCAUUGGCCACGUGGAUGCCGGUAAAAGUACAUUGAUGGGUCACUUGCUGUGUGACACUGGAAACAUCAGCCAGAGGGUAAUGCACAAAAACGAGCAGGAAAGUAAAAAACUCGGAAAGCAGAGUUUCAUGUACGCCUGGGUGCUGGACGAAACCGGCGAGGAACGAGAACGAGGCAUCACGAUGGACGUUGGCAGCUCGCGGUUUGAAACGGCAAAUAAACAGAUAACGCUGUUGGAUGCUCCUGGCCACAAGGAUUUCAUACCAAAUAUGAUAUCAGGAGCCAACCAAGCGGACGUAGCAUUACUCGUGGUAGAUGCCACCAGGGGAGAAUUCGAAACAGGUUUCGAGCAGGGUGGACAGACACGUGAACACGCUUUGCUUGUGCGAUCAUUGGGUGUCAGUCAGUUGGGUGUCGUUGUCAAUAAACUGGACACCGUGGGGUGGUCCCAGCAACGAUUCGAUGAAAUCGUAGGCAAGUUGAAAGUCUUCCUGAAGCAAGCUGGGUUCAAGGAUUCCGAUGUGGUUUACGUACCUUGUUCGGGAUUGACUGGAGAGAAUUUGGUUAAGGAGCCAACCGAUACCGAACUGCUCAAGUGGUACAAAGGCCCGACUUUGUUGAGGGUGAUUGACUCUUUCAAAACUCCUGCACGUUCGAUAGAUAAGCCGUUCCGUAUGUCGGUGUCGGACAUAUUUAAGGGCACUGGUUCAGGUUUCUGCAUUUCGGGGCGUAUCGAAUCCGGAGUAAUUUGUGUGAACGAUAAGGUGCUGGUGUGUCCCAGUAAGGAGCAGGCAGUUGUUAAAAAUAUUGCCAUCGACGAAGUGCAAUACACGACCUGUUUCGCUGGAGAUCAGGUCUCGAUUACCUUAGCUAAUAUCGACAUUGCCAACAUAUCUGUUGGCUACAUCCUCAGCGAUAUCUAUAAUCCGAUUCCGUUGGCAACGAGGAUACGGGCACGGAUCGUAGUGUUCAACGUCAAAGUGCCAAUCACGAUGGGCUAUCCGGUGUUGCUGCAUCAUCAGUCUUUGAUAGAGCCAGCGACGAUUUGCAAACUUAAAGCUCAACUACAUAAAGGAACGGGCGAAGUAAUUAAGAAGAAUCCUCGCUGUUUGGGUAAUAAUUCUUGUGCUUCGGUGGAUAUCGAGUUCCAGCGACCAAUAUGCAUGGAAAGAUACGCAGAUUUUAAAGAACUCGGUAGAAUUAUGUUGCGCGUCAGUGGUGUAACAAUUGCGGCCGGUCUCGUUACAGACAUUGUUAAAUAAGUAUGACCAAGUUCAAUCUUUUACUCUAGACGGUCGUUUGAAGGCACUACUGUUUGAAAUAAAAAUGACAACAUUGA